GGUGGAAGCAACAUCUUCUGAUCGCAGUCCGACAGCACAGUAAGCUGCAGCUCCAGUUUGGGUCUCAAACUAUUGUCCUGUGACGCGACGAUGUGGAUUUACAAACUCAUUUUAGGAUUGUUCAUCAUAUCCUGCUCUGAGGGCAGAAGAAAUGCGCUCCAGGACUACCAGAGGACAGAUGGUGUCAGACUGGUGGUUGUGUCUCCUGAUUCUUCCCACUUCACCAAAAGUAGGAAGCUGAGUAUGGCCAAGUGUGCCAGAGCAUGCAGCCGCAAUAAAAGACUCCCAUUCACCUGCAGAGCCUUCCUCUAUGAUCAUAAAAACAGGAAAUGCCAGUGGCUGUCAUUCGACAGGAACUCACCAGGAGCCCAGACCCAUCAGGACUUCAACUAUCAACUCUAUCAGAAGAAAGACUAUGUCAGAGAGUGCAUUGUAGGUACAGGGCAGAACUACAGGGGACGGAGGUCGGUGACAGUGAGUGGAAUCCUCUGCCAGGCCUGGGCUUCUCCUAUUCCCCACGAACACAAAUUCAUGUCUAAGAGGUUCAAGAAGAAAGACCUCCGAGAAAACUACUGUCGCAACCCUGACAACUCCACUGUUGGACCAUGGUGCUUUACCACUGACCCACAGCCACACCUCCGACACCAGGAGUGUGGCAUACCGCAGUGUUCACAGGUUGAGUGUAUCAUAUGUAAUGGGGAAGAUUACAGAGGUCCUAUGGACCACACAGAAAGUGGAAAGGAAUGCCAGCGGUGGGACCUGGAGGAGCCACACAAGCACCUGUACCACCCCAAAAGAUAUCCUGACAAAGGCCUGGAUGAUAACUACUGUAGGAACCCAGAUGGACGCCACAGACCCUGGUGCUUUACGACAGACCCAAACACACCCUGGGAAUACUGCAACAUCAAAGCUUGUGAAACACCUCCUAAAAGACAUGUGGAGGAAACAACCGAGUGUUACCAGGGCAGAGGAGAGGGCUACAGGGGGACGGUGGAUGUGACGCCCACCGGACUCACCUGCCAACGCUGGGACUCUCAGUUUCCUCACAACCACACAUUCAUACCUCAAGCCUACCCCUGCAAGGACCUGAGAGAGAACUACUGUCGGAAUCCAGAUGGUCAGGAUUCCCCGUGGUGCUUCACCACAGAUCCAAGAGUCCCCAAAAUGUUCUGCACCAACAUCCCUCAGUGUGGCACUCCCAACAAGCCUGUCAAUGACUGUUAUGAAGGCUUUGGAGAAAAUUACCAAGGAGAGCAGUCAAAGACUAGAUCGAACCUUCCCUGUGCUCCCUGGCAGGACCACAGCAACAGCGGUGAGAGGGUCUUACUGAUGGGAGGACUGGAGGGAAACUACUGCAGAAACCCUGAUAAAGACAAACACGGUCCCUGGUGUUACACAAACAACUCGGCUAUUCCUUGGGACUACUGCAAUGUAAAACCAUGUGAUGCUUCGCAGAACACUAUUCCACUGGGUGAGCUGUCCUCUGUGGUAUGUUUUGUCCAUAAAAGAACUAGAAUUGUGGGAGGAGGUCCAGUGAGCAUAUCGGAUGGUAGCUGGAUGGUCAGCAUACAAAAAGGAUCAGUACACUGGUGUGGGGGGUCACUAAUACGAGAGAAGUGGGUACUCACAGACCGGCAGUGCUUCUCCUCAUGUGUUCCAGACCUCAGUGAAUAUAAGGUGUGGCUGGGAGUCUCUGAUAUUCAAGAGGGCACUGUCAACUGGUCUGCGGGGCAGGAAGUCAGCAUAGCUCAUGUGAUAUGUGGCCCUGAGGGGUCCAGUUUAGCCCUCAUAAGGCUCUCUAAGCCAGCCCUUCCAGCAGACAAUGUGCGCACAAUUCAGCUGCCUGUGGCUGGGUGCUCCAUUCGAGAAGGAACAAUAUGUAAAAUGUAUGGAUGGGGUGAAACCAAAGGUACUGGCCAUGAAGAUGUACUGAAAGCAGUCAACCUGCCCAUUGUUAGUAAUGAAAGGUGCAGAGAUAUGCACAGAGGGAGCCUCCACAUCACCAACACCAAGAUCUGUGCAGGAGGAAACAGGAAUGAAGGAGUGUGUGAGAGGGAUUAUGGUGGCCCCCUUGUGUGUCAGGACGGUGACAUCAGGGUAAUUGUAGGAGUGAGUGUCCAUGGCAGAGGUUGUGCUCGAGCCAACCAGCCUGGCAUCUUCAUCAAUGUACCCUUUUACACACAAUGGAUCUACAAGGUCUUCAAAUAUUAUCCUAACCCUGAAAUCAUCUAGAGACCCAAAUAGAGAAUAUAGCACAACAUGGACUACACAGCUUCUACUUCUGCAACUCCUGUGGUGCUCUCAGGACACCUGGUUUCUAUGUUCACACCUACCCCAAAUAUAAAUAAGAAACUGAUCUGGGAAAGAGUGUUUAAUGGAUCAACAGAGGGGAUGAGAAACACAUCACUGAUGUGACACUAAAAUCCCAUAUGGUGAUCAUGGUGAAUAAAAACUGAUAAUGUUCAGAUGGUAGAGGGGGGAAAUGGACUGGAGCUGGAGCUCUGGUUGUAAAAUAUGGAGCUAAAAACAAGCUGAAUGUUUCAGAAACAAAGAAUGUUUCUUUGAUUUUUGGGAGCUGAACUAAUGAGACCAGGCAAACAAGAAAGUGUUUAUCAUCUGUUGUUUAUGAUUUUCAUUUAGUAGCAAAUCCACCAGAGUAAUAUGUGUGCAUGUGAAUAAUUUUGAUUCCUGGCAUUACUUGAAUGUUUUCAACACCAAAGUGCAGUGGUUCAGCAGCUCCAUCUGUAGAGAACAUCAAUGGGCCACUUAGAAAACUAUCCACUGGUAGGGCGAAUUUAAGGGCACUCUAACAAGCUCCAUGCAACUCCAGGUGCUUAGAUAAAGUGGUCCUUAUUGUACAUAGUAUUUUAAUGAGUGUAUUUGUAACACUCUCAAGGUGAUUUGGGUCUUAUAGAUCUAUAACAAGAAACAAUGAAUGUUAUGGUAGGCGAAUAAAUUAUGUACAGUUUGUUAUCUGCAUUUCAGCUUUCAGUCAUGUGCUUGUCUCUUAUUCUAACAUUAUCACUAAGCCAUUGACUGUAUAUAUGAAAAUGUUUGCAUAUUGUGUAGAUAAAAUGAAUGUACGGCAGCCAAGUAGGAAUUGAAAUUAGCAGUAAAUGUCCCAUUCAUGUGUAUUAACAUCCUGUUCUCUUACUUCAUAAAGGUAAUUAAGUAUUAAAGGCAUUGGACAUGUGUGUGUGUGUGUGUGUGUGUGUGUGUGUGUGUGCGUGUGUGUACGUGUGUGUGUCUGUAUGCUGGUGCAUCUGUUUCCAUACAUUUUCCUGCAGCAGUGUCAGUAUGCAAAACAAAACUGCAGAAGGAUAGAGUGUGUGUGAGUGUGCAUGUUUGAGCCGAAGCUGAAUGAAUUACCAUCUCGCCACACUCAGACCUUGGCAGACCCCCAGUUCCUAUCCUCUAGUAUAUUAGAGUCACAAAGACUGUCACUUCAAACUUAGUCAUGAAUGGAGAUGCUUCAUUGGGAUGACUGAAUGGUCCUUGAAACAAAUUAACACACCGUUCCUACUAGAGUUAAUGACUGUGAUGGCUUUAUAUUAGAACUGCAUUACGUAUGUAUGAGUGAGAAAAUGUAUCUGUGUAUGUGUGUGUGUGUGUGGGGUGAUAAAAGAGCACUGAAAGAUGCUGCAAGCUGCUAUAUUUGAGAGGAUGUACAGUACUGUCUGAUGAUCAUGUUCUUAUGUUUAGUAUAUGUCUUAUCCAAUAUGCUAUAUGUUAAACCCUCAGACAUUAUCUGAAAUGUUAAAUAUUUUCUGUCAAUAUAUUAAAUGUUUUUAUUCAUUGUUUGAAUUCUCUGAUUGAGUGC